CAGAGUGGACAACUCAACUUCCAUCUUCCCCCUCCACGUGGACCUCUCCACUAUUUCUAUGUGCCCUCGUUCUGCUUCCAAGGUAGGUUCUGUUGACUGAUGGAAUAUGGUUUCCGGUGAAGAAUUGUGAUGCUACCAAAUGUUAAGAAAGAGGAUUUAGGCGGAAGAAAGUGCGUAAUGUUGAUGUCAUUGACUCUGGGAAGUUUCUUUGCUUUCUAGUGAAGAAUAGUGUUUUUUAUGCAAGUGGGAUAACUUGGGUGACUCAAUGUGGUGUUUAACACAAAAGGGGCAUUGAUGGAAUGUGCAUGGGAGCUUUCGAUGCCCUAGACUUCCAUACCCUGUCUUUGGAAUUGCAGGGAAAAGGAAGGUUUUAUAUAUAUAAUUUUGUUUGGUUCAAAAAUUCGGAGGAGAGAGGAGAGAAUGGAGGCGGCUAAAAUCCCUCCUCACUUAAUCUGGCUCCCUCCUGAAAUUGAGGAAUUUGAAGGAGACAAAAACUUUUGCACUAAUUAGACUAACUUAUUUUAAAUUUAACAGUCUUAUUUCAUUAUUCUAAGUAUCUCGUAGUAACCUUGUUUAUUUUCCCUCAUCUCCUCACCGCUUGUGAACCAAACAAGUUGUCUCUCUUUCAGUAAAAUUAUUCCUCUCCCAGCCUUUGAAUCAUCUAUGCACUGUGUUUUAUGGUAAGAUUCAAUUGUCUUCUAGUUCUCGAUAUAAUUGGGAAUUUGGGAUUACAUUGACAAUUUAGUUUGUCUUUGGAAUUCAAUUCAGUUCAAUUGAACACCAAUCCAUCUCCCCCAUUCCUUCCAGGUUUCCUGCUUUGGAAAGUGGGAAGUUUCGUUUACAAGUUUCCAAACGGUUUCCAAACACACCCUUAAUCUGGUGUGGAAUUGAGUGGCUUGAGAAUUCAGUAGAUAGCAGCCGCAAAUUUGGGUUGAAAAUGUACCAAAUGUAUCGUCAUUCAACGCUCACUGUCUCAGAUGACAGAGCAAAAGAGGUUUAAUUGAUCGAGUAUAUGCACGACUAGAUAGUGAUGAUUACUACCGGGAAAAAGAUCCUACACCCAUUCUUGACAUGGUUGAAAGCCCUCUUUGCUUGAAAAACUUAUCUAUAAAGGAACUGAAACAACUUGUAGUUGAAAUCCGUUCAGAUUUGUCUUUUAUUGUGUCAGGUACACAAAUAUCACCGAAAGCAAGUAUGGCAGUGGUGGAGCUGACAGUUGCAUUACAUCAUGUUUUUCAUGCUCCGGUAGACAAGAUAUUGUGGGAUGUUGGGGAUCAAACAUAUGCACAUAAGAUUCUUACAGGAAGGCGAGCACUCAUGAAGACAAUGAGAAGAAAAAAUGGCCUUUCUGGUUUUACUUCUAGAUUUGAGAGUGAAUAUGAUGCAUUUGGUGCAGGUCAUGGAUGCAACAGUAUUUCUGCUGGACUUGGCAUGGCAGUUGCACGGGAUAUUAAGGGUAGGCGAGAACGCAUAGUUGCAGUUAUCAGCAAUUGGACAACUAUGGCUGGUCAGGUGUACGAGGCAAUGAGCAAUGCAGGAUAUUUGGACUCAAACAUGGUUGUGAUUUUGAAUGAUAGCCGCCACUCUUUACUUCCAAAAAUUGAGGAGGGCCCAAAGACAUCUGUCAAUGUCUUAUCUAGUACCCUAAGCAAGCUCCAGUCCAGUCAAUCUUUCCGAAGAUUUAGAGAAGCUGCAAAGGGUGUUACAAAACGAAUUGGUAGAGGUAUGCAUGAGUUGGCUGCUAAAGUUGAUGAAUAUGCUCGUGGUAUGAUGGGUCCUCUAGGUUCUACUCUUUUUGAAGAGCUUGGAUUGUACUACAUAGGCCCAGUGGAUGGACAUAACAUUGAAGAUCUAAUAUGUGUUCUGCAAGAAGUAGCUUCCCUGGAUUCAAUGGGACCUGUCUUGGUACAUGUAACAACUGAUGAAAAUCAGGGAGAUGAAAACAGUUGGAAAAGUGAUAUAACAGACAGGCAGCAGGACGAUGAUUCUGUUAAAUUUGAUUCAUUAGAUAAUGUUGUUCCGCCUCAAACAUUUGGCGAUUGCUUUGUGGAGACUCUGGUUGCCGAAGCAGAGAAAGACAAAGAUAUUGUCGUUGUUCAUGCAGGAAUAACGAUGGAGCCAUCGCUUGAACUGUUUCGGGAAAAUUUUCCAGAAAGGUUUUUUGAUGUGGGAAUGGCUGAGCAACAUGCAGUCACAUUUGCCUCUGGUUUGGCAUGUGGUGGUUUGAAGCCAUUUUGCAUUAUACCUUCUUCCUUUCUACAAAGAGCCUAUGACCAGGUGGUGCAUGAUGUUGAUCAACAGAGAAUUCCAGUGCGAUUUGUCAUCACAAGUGCAGGAUUGGUAGGUUCUGAUGGUCCCCUCCAAUGUGGAGCAUUUGAUAUAACAUUUAUGUCAUGCUUGCCAAACAUGAUUGUCAUGGCACCAGCUGAUGAGGUUGAACUCAUGCACAUGGUGGCUACUGCUACUCGUAUCAACAAUCAGCCCAUCUGCUUUCGAUAUCCAAGGGGUGCCCUGGUUGGGAAAGGCCACGCUAUAGGCGGUGGAAUCCCCCUCAAGAGCGGAAGAGGAAGAGUUCUUGUUGAAGGUAAAGAUGUUGCUUUCCUAGGAUAUGGAUCGAUGGUUCAGAACUGCCUAAAGGCUCAUUCACUCCUUGCAAAGCUAGGCAUUGAGGUGACUGUUGCUGAUGCAAGGUUCUGCAAGCCCCUUGACAUCAAGCUUCUGAGGCAGCUUUGUAAAAAUCACUCUUUUCUAAUAACUGUUGAAGAAGGAUCCAUUGGAGGUUUUGGUUCCCAUGUUGCUCAGUUUAUUGCACUAAAUGGACUGCUUGAUGGAAGAAUAAAGAGGCGAUGGUCUGAGGUGACCGGCUCGACGAGUAUGAUGAUUGGUGGAUCCAAGUUUGGGAUCUCUUGUGUCGAAAGUCUUCCUAACAGUAGGUCCAUGUGGAAGAGAGGCUUCCUAUUAACAUGGAGGGUUAGGAGGUGUGUCCCGCUGUCAUGAGGGAGGUCAUGAUGGAGUGACGGUGCAAGCACUCUGAGCGUGAGUGAGCUUUGUGGGGCUACCAUCGGAUAAUACUCGUAGUUUCUACUGCAGGAAUGAGUUAAGCUGUGGUCCUUUGUUUGAGAAGAGGAUUAUUGGGAUGCAAGCAAAGUUCCACAUCGUUCAAACAAGAGGAUGGUCAUGAGUUUAUAUACACACAAUUGUC